UUGGUCCUUGACCCUUGAUGCAUGUGCCAAGAACUCGCAUGAUUGUUCUGAGACAAGUUUACUAAAUUGUUCUUUCUCUAUUUCUUCUUCUACAAUUCUUGUCCUCUUCCUUCCAUCUGGCAUAUCCACCUUCUUCCAUUUUCCAUAAACAAUCUUCUCCCUGUUCAGUUCUUUCAGAAAAUCUACAGGUGAUUGAUCCUUCAGCUUGCGUCCAUAUUCAUCAGGACUGAGAGGCACAUUACAACCUGAAGAUUUCAUAGAUUUCAAUAAUAAUGCCAUGUUUUGGUGUCUUUGACAAAGACAUUUGUUUCGAGAAAUGUAUUGUGUUAGGAUGAUAUGUUUCGGUCGCAUCCUGCAGAAGGGUGCUAGUGACAUCUUCACUGUAUUCUCUGACAUAAAUUUAAGCCCUCCUAAACUGCAGAGGACAGUCCACCUUCAGCAGACACUAGAUGCAGGCUGCAUUUCCCCGGUGGUAAUAAUGAAAUCACCUGCACAUAGUCUGAAAUCUGACGGUAUAAAAUUCACUCCUCUACAACUGGCCAAACUGAGGAUUGAGCCAUCUCCUCAAAGCUCGAUACAGUUACAUUCGCAAACGAAAAAAAGGGGCUACUCCGAUACUGGCGAGAGUAUUGCUGACAUUGAAGGACUCCUGUUCAAUGGAGCCAUUGACAACCUGCUUAGUCUUCCCCAGGAAGUCAGCAAAGUGGCGGAAAUUCAGAAAGGACAGAGCAAUGAAAUUCAGAAACAGAAGCUUUAUUUGGAUAGUCUUCAGAUUCAGUUAAAAGCUGGAAAAGAAAGUUGUGAUGAAGUGAUGGCCGAGAUUUCCAGUGUGACUCGGAAAGUUUUCGUCCUUGAGGAGCAGACAGCAGAGGAAAAGAAGCAGAUCGUUCAACACGAGAAAGAAAUUGUCAGCUUGAUCCAUCAACAGAACCAGCUAAGACGGGAUAUUGAACAUAAGAAAGAAGAGCUAGAAGAACAAACAAAGAAAAGUGAAGCCUACAGAGUGAAAAUGUACAAUUACAAGCAGCAGGUUUCCGAGUUUGAAAACAUGCUGCCAGCACAGCAGCAGUUGAUUGAAGUGGAAAAAUGCCUGGCUAAACUGGAAAAGCAAAAGCAAGCACUGUGUCUUGAUUCUGAAAGUGAAAAUGAUUGUGCUGAUACAAUGACUAAAAACUUAUCCGAAUGUAUCAAGUUAUCAAGAGCAGACGUAAAGCAACUGGAAACCCAGUUACAAGAAAUCAAAGAUAAGAUUCACCAAGUACUGGAACAACAGAAAAAAGUUAAAAUUGCUACAAGUGUUCUUAAUAAGAGGAAUGCUGCCCAGCUAACUCGUCUCAAGCGUCAGUUAAAAGAACAACAGCUGCGGCACCGUCAGUGGUCAGACCAACACGCACAGUUACUGAAGUCAGUUAACGAGCUGACUAGCAGACUAGACAAAUAGACAUUAUCAAAUUGUGUAACCCUGCUAUGAAGAAGAUAUUAUUCUUGAAGUGAACAAUGAGUUCUGAAUAUCGGACAUCAUUUGUGCGUAGUACGAAUAAUGUUUUCAUUGUGUAUUAUUUAAUGGAAUUUCCAGAUAUUAUGACAUUGAGGUGCGAAAGGCAUCAGAACUUAAUAACUAUACCUGUAUUUGAAAUUAGCAUUAGAUACCAGUUAUUAUUUUCAGAUGUUAUACUGUUCAGAUAGAAUAACUGGCUUAUGGUUCUAUGAUUCUGUACCUUCAGGUAAUAACCAUGGUGCCUGUAUCGGUGUAACUGGUGCAAUUUGCAUUUUGUUUAAAGGCUAGCUGCAUAGUGUGUGUGUGUGUGUGUGUGUGCACGUGUGUGUGUGCGAGUUCAAACGAACGGUACAGAAACAGUACAGAUUAUUUAUGCUAAUGUUUUUGAUAAAUUGGACAUUCAACAUUAUUUUGUUAGCUUUGUUAUGUUCAGUUGUAUUUAUUUAUUGAAUAAAUAUUAAUAUUGCA